GAUCCUCUUUCUCUCUCUCUCUUCCGGUGUAAAUUCAAUCCCCAUUAUGAGUGUCUAGAUAGUACAUAGCUUUUGGGGGGAACGGAGGUAACAGAAACUAGCAGAUCUGGCUGCCCUCCCAAGCCACAGCCAAGGCCGCCGGCCGCCGCGUCGCUCGUCGCCCCUUGCUCAGCCGGUCAGCCCAGCGCGGCAACGCCGACUCGCCGUCCGUCCGCUCGCGAGCCGCCCAGGGACAAUACCAGUCAGGCAGGUCGGCGGACCCUUCUUAAUUUCCGCCGUCGCCGCGCCAGAUCUCUCUCACCGCGACCUCCUUCCUCAAGCCUAACCGUCUAUCUCUCCUCGAGCCUCCAUCCAUGUCGCCCCCUCGUCGUCGUCGGCACCUAUGUUUUUUCCCAUCUCGAUCCGUGGCGAUCCUCCACGCGGUGCACAGGACACGGCAUCGGCAUCGGCACCGGCAUCGCUGGUGUUGGCUGCGGAAACGUCAUACGGCUGCUGCAUAUACUAGUGGAUCAAAGGCUUCGUCGGCUCAAAUAAACCAUCAUCAAGGUGGUACUGAUAUUCCUCAAGUUGCUGCUGAGAAUAUGAAACAACAAACUCUUUUUGACAAACUACCGGAUGACAUCUUACAUCGUAUACAUUCUCUCUUACCAAUACAAGACGCUGCUUGUGCUGCCUGUGUGUCUCAUGCAUUUCUGCGUUCAUGGAGAUGCUAUUCCAAACUCAUACUCAACGACUGUGCGCUUGGGUUGAAUCACAUAGAAUUUGAGGAAAGAAAAAUCUAUCUCAUUGACAAAGUUGACAAAAUUCUUAAAAAUCAUCAUGACAAAGGGGUGAAGGUGGAGACACUUAACCUUAUUCUUACCCCUUGCACCAAUAUCAAAGCCUCCUACCUGGACAGGUGGCUCCGAAGAACAGUUAAGUCUGGGUUUAAAGAUCUUUACUUGGAGAUGCCUUUAUCCAUGAAGAAAAUUUACAAAUUCCCGUGUUCAGUUUUGUCUGAUGAGGGAGCUGCAAGUUCAAUUCAGUUUCUUAACAUCGGCUCUUGCACUUUUCAUCCCACAUCAACACUUGGCUCCUUGGCAAGGUUGAAAACUGUAAGAUUGUCUUUUGUCCACACUACCGAGGAAGGAUUGGAGCACUUGUUUUCAAAAUCUUCUACCCUACAGGAGCUCAGAAUAUUCGCAUGCCAUGGGAUAAUUUGCUUGAAAAUACCUUGUACGAUGCAGCAUCUCAAGAUACUUGAUGUUCAACUUUGCAACAUGCUGCGGUUUGUAGAGAUUGAUGCUCCAAACCUCUGCUAUUUUAACUAUGACAGCGCUUUGCCAGAAUUCUACGUGAGAAAUUGUUCUCAACUUAAGCAUGUACAGUUAUCAUCUGCACGCUCGUCUGGUGUUCUUUUUUAUGCUCGCACUAGUCUUCCGUCCAUCGCACGGAAUGUUGAGAGUCUUAUUUUGGUUGGUCGUAGCGAGAAUGCCAACACUCCGUUGCUACAAUCCAAGCUACCCCACCUCAAGAACUUGGAAAUUAGACUCAGAGCAGUCCACCCCAAAGGCUCCCCUCCAAGCUAUAACUUCUUUUCUUUGGUUUCUUUUCUUGAUGCUUCUCCUGCCUUGGAGUCUUUCACCCUACACGUAAAUGAGUAUGUCAUGAAACACUAUCCUGUUGUUGGAGAUAAUUACGAAUGCCCGAGGCAGAAGCUGGACUUGUCGCAUAACCGCCUCAGACACAUGACGAUCACGGGAUUCUGUUCAGCCAAGAGCCUGGUUGAGCUCACGGUUCACAUCCUUGAGAGCACACACUCGCUUGAGCGCUUGACGCUGGACACAACCUAUGACUACAAUAGGUGUAUUCAAGGGCCUGGUACCAUUGGCAAAUGCACUACCUCAAGUAGGAUUGCCAAAUGCUGGCCGAUGAGCAAGAGAGGUGUUGACGAAGCUCAUAGAGCUGUGAAGACUGUUGGUAGAUACAUAGCUGGGAGAGUUCCAUUGGCUGUUCAAUUUGAGCUCAUGGGGCCCUGUAGUCGAUGCCAUACCGGCAGCCGGUAGAUCUAUGUCAGGGUGGUUUAUCUUGUCU